CGGGCCGGCAUGUGCCGUCCGCCAGUCGGCAUGAAGCAGUCGCGUUUGCAGUCCACCUGGACGCCGUCGUCGCGGUGCCUCCGCGCCUCGUAGGGCAUGCGGGACGAUGACGCCGCCACCCGCCGCCGAUGAGGAGCUGCAGUCGGCGGGGCAAUGGCUCGAGGCCAACGCCACGCUGGUGGAGCAGUGGCUGCGGCGGCACGCGUCCUCCGGGUUGCGGGGGCGCGUGCAGGACGCCGUCGCCGCCACCGACGACCUCUUCCAGCGCUGGCUGCUGGGCCACCCGCGCGCCGCCGACGACGCCGUCGAGGAGUCCGAGCUGUUCAUGGAGCUGAUCCGGGACGUCGCCAACGAGCUGGACAUCGACGUGCUGUGCCACAAGAUCCUGCGGAACGUGAGCCUGCUGACGCGAGCCGACCGCGGCUCGCUGUUCUUGACGAGGGCAACGGGCGAGGACAAGUUCCUGGUGGCCAAGCUGUUCGACGUGCGGCAUGACACCUCGCUGGAGGAGGCGGUCAAGCUGGCCAGGUCGGAGGACAUCCGCAUCCCGUUCGGGAUCGGCAUCGCUGGCACGGUGGCGCAGAAUAAGAUUCUCAUCAACAUCGCGGAUGCCUAUAACGAUCCGCGCUUCAGCAGCGACGUGGACCUGAAGACCGGCUACAAAACCAACUCCAUCCUUUGCAUGCCAAUCUGUAACUACGACGGCGAAGUAAUUGGCGUAGCUCAAAUAAUAAACAAAACCAACGACUCCCAGGAGUUCACCCCCCACGACGUCGAAGUUUUCCGGCGGUACUUGACUUUCUGCGGGAUCGGAAUACAAAACGCCCAACUCUUCGAGGUCUCGGUAUUGGAGUACAAGCGAAACCAGAUAUUACUAAACCUGGCACGUAGCAUAUUCGAGGAACAAAACAACUUGGAAUGUUUGGUGACGAAAAUAAUGAGAGAAGCGCAAGAUUUAUUAAAGUGUGAGAGAUGCGCCGUGUACCUAAUGGAUCUGAAUUGUGGAGAAGCCAAUCACCUCGAACGCAUCCUGGAACGUCCCGGCAGGAUAAUCCGCCGCCACGCACCCUUAAACCGCGUCGAAAGUGGGACGGUGACGGCAGAAGACAUGAGGGAAAGUGGUUUAAAGGCUCCAUGUUCCUUUACCACGAUCUUCGAGCUUAGGGACGGAGGGACUAAAACUUUAGUUUCCAGACCAUCCUCGUUCGACUUGCAGAGCUCGACGCUGGCUCAAAUUGCCGGUUAUGCGGCGUCUACGGGUCAAAUUUUGAACAUCGGGGACGUGAGAGCGUGGCUGAACGAGCAGCACAGCGAAGGAGAUGCGGAGUCGGCAAGGACUAUUCUUUGUAUGCCUAUUCUUAACGGCCAGAGAAACCUCAUAGGUGUUGCCCAGCUAAUAAAUAAAGAUAACGGCGCUCCAUUCACCGACUGCGACGUUUCCUUAUUCGAAGCGUUCGCAAUUUUUUGCGGCUUAGGUAUUCAUAAUACCCAAAUGUACGAGAACGCCUGUAAGCUCAUGGCCAAGCAGAAGGUCGCUUUAGAAUGUCUUUCUUAUCACGCGACGGCAAGCAACGACGCCACCGUAAAACUACUCAAGGAGGAUAUUCCAUCAGCUGAAAACUACAACCUGUACAGCUUCACUUUCAUCGACUUUGAUUUGUCUGACGAAGAUACAUGCAAAGCGACCAUUCGGAUGUUCCUCGAGUGUAAUUUGGUGCAACAGUUUCACAUUCCGUACGAGGUCCUCUGUCGAUGGAUCCUCAGCGUGAAGAAAAACUAUCGCCCGGUCAAAUACCACAACUGGCGACACGCACUCAACGUCGCCCAAACCAUGUUCGCCAUGUUCAAAACCGGGAAGAUGGAGCGCUUCAUGAGCGACCUCGAGAUGCUGGGACUUCUCGUGGCUUGUCUGUGCCACGACUUGGACCACAGAGGCACGAACAACGCCUUCCAGACGAAAACCGAGUCGCCUUUGGCCAUUCUGUACUCCACGAGUACCAUGGAACAUCACCACUUUGAUCAGUGCGUCAUGAUCCUCAAUACAGACAGCAAUAAUAUAUUCCAAGCUUUAUCCACGGAGGAUUACCGCAGAGUAAUGAAACUGGUGGAGACGGCAAUUUUAUCGACUGACUUAGCGAUGUAUUUCAAAAAGCGGAAUAAAUUCCUGGAAUUGAUCGACAACGGUGAAUUCGACUGGCAGAGUGACGACAAGAAGGAAUUGCUCUCCGGGAUGAUGAUGACGGCUUGUGACGUCAGUGCCAUCGCCAAGCCCUGGGACGUCCAGCACCGAGUCGCCAAACUCGUGGCCGACGAGUUUUUCGAUCAAGGUGACAUGGAAAAAAUGCAGCUGAAGGAACAACCCAUCGCGAUGAUGGAUCGCGAACGGAAAGACGAAUUGCCUCAAAUGCAAGUGGGAUUUAUCGAUGUCAUUUGUUUACCGCUAUACCGAGUUUUAUCCGAAACAUUUCCCUGGGUUAAACCCUUGUAUCAAGGGACCGUGGAAAAUAGGAGGCAUUGGCAGGAUUUAGCGGAGAAAGUCGAAAUGGGCCUUACGUGGAUUGAUCACGAUACCAUCGACAAACCCGUCGAGGCGUUCGCAGAUACAGAAGAGACCAAAGAUAUAGAAUUAACAGUUCAAACUCUUCACACCACUCCAGCCGUUCAGCAGAUGCCUCCCUUGGGCAAGCUGAAGCGUAAUAAACACAAGCUGUGUUGCAUAUUGUGACAUACCCCAUUUAUAAGAUGUCAUUGAAAUUUUCUUACAUUGUCAUUGAUAUUGUAGAAAAGUUGGAAAUGCUCAUUAUUUACGUCAGCAGGGAUGGAUUUUUUUACAAAGAAAGAAGGACGAGUGGUAUUGUUUGAAUUCAAAAAGACAUUUUGUAAUUAUAUUUGUAUCUAACAGCAAAUAAAAUGUAUAUAGAGAAUAAAGAAGUAAUUUGGAAAACAGAA